AUGCCGUACAAAUCCCGCUGGACAAUCGACAUCCCAAACGCCCACCUCGCCUCAAUCCUCCUAGACUCCCCAACAGCCCCCUUAUCCAAGACCAACCGCUGUUUCCUCGAAGCCGCCCGCCCAGAAUCACACUACUUCACCCGGCAUGACUUCCGCCUCUGGAGCCAGCGCUUCGCCGCCGGCCUUCGCAAAUCAGGCCUCCAACCAGGUGAUCGAGUCCUCCUCUUCUCCGGAAACGACCUCUUCUACCCGGUCGUCUUCAUGGGAAUCAUCAUGGCAGGCGGUAUCUUCACCGGCGCAAAUCCUACCUACGUAGCCCGGGAACUGGCCUUCCAGCUCCAAGACAGCGACGCCACGUACCUAAUCUGCGCCGGCAGCAGCCUAGACACAGGUCUAGAAGCCGCAAAGCAGGCAGGACUAGACCGGGACCGAAUCUUCGUCUUCGACAAUACGAUUUACGACGGUCCAGGCGUCGGACAGAAAGGAUGUCGGCAUUGGGGUGAAUUAAUCGCCCCAAUCGAAGAAGGAACAGGUUUCGCCUGGGAAAAUCUAUCCACGCCCGAACAGGCCGAUACAACCCUCGUACUAAACUAUUCCAGCGGAACAACGGGUCGACCGAAAGGCGUCGAGAUAACGCAUAAGAAUUACGUGGCGAAUAUGCUGCAGUACAACUAUAUGGCCUCUUUGAACCCGGAUCAUGCGGAGAAAUUGCUUCGCGCACGCUGGUUGUGCUUCUUGCCGCUUUAUCAUGCUAUGGCGCAGAAUAUUUUUAUUGCGGCGGCGUUGACGAGGCGCACACCAGUCUAUAUCAUGCCUAAGUUUGACUUUGUUAAGGUGCUGGAGUAUACGCAGACGUUCCGGAUUACGGAUUUCAUCUUCGUGCCGCCUGUUAUGGUUUUGUUGGCUAAGCAUCCGGCUGUGAGGCAGUUUGAUCUUAGUAGUGUGGAGAGUGUGGGUAGUGGUGCGGCGCCGUUGGGGAGAGAGGUUUGUGCUGAGGUGGAGAAGUUAUGGCCCGAGGGGAAGAUCAAUGUUAAGCAGGGGUGGGGAAUGACUGAGGUAACAUGCUCCAUGCUCGGCUGGGAUCCGCGAGAAAAGAGUGCUUCAGCCUCAGUCGGGGAACCUAAUGCCAACUGCGAAGCCAAGAUGGUGGCCGAGGACGGCAUGACGGAGAUCCUUGAGCGCAAUCAACGCGGUGAGCUGUGGGUGCGCGGUCCUAACGUCAUGAAAGGAUACUGGCGCAACCCUGAGGCAACGAAAGAAACCAAGACAGAGGAUGGAUGGCUUCGGACAGGCGACAUUGCCUAUGUGGAUGAUCAGGGCAAGUUCCAUGUUGUGGACAGGCUGAAGGAACUGAUCAAGGUCAAAGGCAACCAAGUGGCCCCAGCAGAGUUAGAGGCCCUGCUGUUGGAACACCCAGCGAUUGCGGAUGUGGCCGUCGUGGGUGUUGUGAUCAACGAGGAAGAGCGGCCUCGUGCAUACGUCGUCCUGGCACCUGGACAAUCUCUCACGGCAGAGCAGGUCGUCCAGUUCUUGGACGGCAAGGUUGCCGCAGUGAAGCGGAUCACUGGUGGGGUCAUAUUCCUUGAGGCGAUCCCUAAGAACCCAUCGGGGAAGAUCCUGCGCAAAGUCCUGCGCGAGCAAGCGCAGGCGGAGCUGAAGCAAGGUGCCACAGCGAAACUCUAG